AUGGACGUUGGCAUUACUAAAAGAAAGAGGCUUAUGAAACCAACGGAAAAGCUGUUUCCACGGAACAACUCGUUACCUCAACCAAAAAGCCAGGAAGUAAAAAUGCCUGUGGUUUUUGAAGCCCAAAGAACACUCAGCCCCCCUGUUUUUCUCGACGACUCCGACGACGGUGUUUUGACUUCUUUUAUUGAAAUUGACAACGCAUACUUCGAGCAAACUCAUUCGUUUAUCAAAGACAAAAACAACCAAAUACAUGAAAUACUAUUAGGGGAUGAAACGUAUAUUAAUUGGCUUUCAUAUGCAAAGAAGUUGGAUUUUUCACAAUUUUCGAAGUUUUCAAAUUUCCUUGUGAGUAAGUACACCGACAGAGACAAACGCCCCCUUGUAUUGAUAAAUAUGAAAAACUUCCCAUACAAAAAUUACAAAUUUUCUGAUGAACAACUGAAAUUUUUCUUCUUGUAUUUGAUCACAAGGCUUGAGCCUAUUUCAAAUACAAACUUUUCAAUUAUUUACAUAGACGAAGAAGACCAACUGCCGCUUGAUUUGGCAAAAUCUUUAUUCACACUUUUCCCUAGAAAGUACCACACUAAUUUGCACCGCCUGUAUUUGGUUCUCCAACCAUCCAUACGUUUUAAAGUAACGACAACAUUCUUCUCAGAACACACGAGUGCAAAAAUGAAAAUAGUCGAAGACAUGUAUGACUUUUAUGAGGAGAUUCCAGUUGGGAUGUUCUCACUUCCACUGUGGGCAGUCAACGCAUAUUCCAAAAAGGCGCACCCGAUUUUCGGAGUCACUUUAUAUGAUGCCGUCCACCACCAUAACAGAGGGGUGUCUGAUCUUCCAAUUGUGGUGGAAUGUGCUAUUCAGUAUUUCUCAGCGAACCCAGACGCACUGACAACAGAAGGUAUUUUCAGACUGAGCGGAAACAAAGAUAAAGUUGAUUUAUAUAUCGACGCAUUCAACCACUGUAAAGUGAGUGCGUUUCCAAUUUCAGAAGACCCCCAUAAUGUAUGUUCGGUAUUAAAGUCUUAUCUCCAGUCACUACCAGCACCUCUUCUGACCAACGAGAUUGGUGAGAAGGUUGUGGAGCUCUUUUCAUCAACCCACCCAGAAAUUGUCGUUUCAACGGAAAUAAAGAAGUUACUUGCACAAGUCCCGAAAGAAAAUCGGCAUAUGCUCUUGGCGUUGGUCAACUUGGCACGCCUCAUUUCGGAACAAAACACAUUCAACAGAAUGGACCAAGGCAAUCUAGGCACCAUUUUUGGACCAUACAUCUACUGGAAAGACUACUCGAUGAAAGCCGUUGCUGAAAUGAAGUGUGUCAAUGCGCUCUUCACCUACUUGAUGAACAACAUCGCGGACUUCAUCGACGUGAUUCUGGGCUAG